UCCACACUCGGGCAGGCACCAGCCAAGCACUGCCUCGCAGCCGAGCCUCCGGCAGCGGCGGGGCCCCACGGGCCCCCGGCUCACGGACACGCACCUGCCCCGCACAAGGGCUGCUGUCCCCACUCACCCGCAGAGGCUCACCCGUGGAGGCCCUAACCCGGCCGGAGGCACAGGAUGGGAGGCGCCGCUGGAUUUGUCCGCACAUCCCUGGCUGUCGUCACCUUUCUGGUUUGGUGCCAAGCACAGAGUAGCACGAGGAACUACGGGCCAGUGUUUGAAGAGCAGCCUGUCCACACCCUCUUCCCUGAAGGCUCAGCAGAAGAGAAAGUCACGCUGGCUUGCCGAGCAAGAGCCAGUCCUCCCGCAACCUACAGGUGGAAGAUGAACGGCACAGAGAUAAAGAUAGAGCCAGAUUCCCGUUACAGGCUGGUUGCAGGCGACCUAGUGAUAAGCAACCCCGUGAAAGCCAAGGAUGCUGGCUCCUACCAAUGCGUGGCAACUAAUUCCAGGGGCACGGUCGUCAGCAGGGAAGCCUCCCUCCGCUUUGGCUUUUUGCAGGAAUUCUCCGCAGAAGAGCGAGACCCUGUGAAGAUUACAGAAGGCUGGGGAGUGAUGUUUGCCUGCAGCCCUCCUCCCCAUUACCCAGGCUUAUCCUACAGAUGGCUCCUGAAUGAGUUUCCCAAUUUCAUCCCAGCCGAUGGAAGGCGUUUCGUCUCUCAGACCACAGGAAACCUUUACAUUGCCAAGACAGAGGCUUCCGACCUGGGGAACUAUUCAUGCUUUGCCACCAGCCAUAUCGACUUCAUCACCAAGAGUGUUUUCAGCAAGUUCUCCCGGCUCAGCCUCGCUGCAGAGGAUGCCAGGCAGUAUGCACCCAGCAUAAAAGCCCGGUUUCCUGCAGACACCUACGCCCUGGCUGGGCAGGUGGUGACUUUGGAGUGUUUCGCCUUUGGAAACCCUGUUCCUCGAAUAAAGUGGAGGAGGCUGGAUGGCUCACAGUCCUCCAAGUGGAUCGGCAGUGAGCCCCUCUUGCAGAUCCAGGACGUUGGCUUUGAGGAUGAAGGCACUUAUGAGUGUGAGGCUGAAAACAUCAAAGGGAGAGACACCUACCAGGGCCGCAUCAUCAUUCAAGCUCAGCCAGAGUGGCUGAAGGUGAUCACAGACACGGAAGCCGACAUCGGGUCUGACCUGCGCUGGAGCUGCGCGGCUGCCGGCAAACCCAGGCCCGCAGUCCGAUGGCUUCGGGACGGGCAGCCGCUAACCUCCCAGAACCGCAUCGAAGUGAGCGGUGGAGAGCUGAGAUUUUCCAAGCUAGUCCUGGAGGACUCUGGCAUGUAUCAGUGUGUGGCUGAGAACAAGCAUGGCACAGUAUAUGCAAGUGCUGAAUUAACAGUGCAAGCCUUAGCACCAGAUUUUAGACUAAACCCAGUGAAGCGACUGAUACCUGCAGCCCGAAGUGGGAAGGUCAUCAUCCCAUGCCAGCCAAGGGCAGCACCAAAAGCCACUGUGCUCUGGACCAAAGGGACUGAACUUCUGAUCAACAGUAGCAGGGUGACUAUUACCACAGAUGGUACCUUGAUCCUCCAGAAUAUCAGCAAAUCUGAUGAGGGAAAGUAUACCUGCUUUGCUGAGAAUUUCAUGGGCAAAGCCAACAGUACUGGAAUCCUCUCUGUUCGAGAUGCCACCAAAAUCACACUGGCACCAUCCAGUGCUGACAUCAAUGUAGGCGAAAACCUUACCCUACAAUGUCACGCGUCCCACGAUCCAACUAUGGACCUAACCUUCACAUGGUCGCUAGAUGAUUUCCCCAUUGACUUUGACAAGUCUGAGGGGCACUACCGGCGAGCCAGUGCGAAGGAAGCUAUUGGGGACCUCAGCAUCUUCAACACCCAGCUGAAGCACUCGGGGCGGUACACGUGUACAGCCCAGACAGUUGUGGAUAGUGCUUCAGAGUCAGCCACGCUGACUGUCAGAGGACCUCCAGGUCCCCCCGGAGGUGUGGUGGUGAGAGACAUCAGUGACACCACCGUCCAGCUGAGCUGGAGCCGCGGCUUUGAUAACCACAGCCCUAUUGCCAGGUACAUCAUCGAGGCACGGACCCUCCUUUCCAACAAAUGGAAGCAAAUGCGUACCAAUCCUGUAAAUAUUGAAGGCAACGCAGAGACGGCCCAGGUGGUGAACCUCAUUCCUUGGAUGGAUUAUGAGUUUCGGGUCUUAGCAAGUAACAUUCUUGGAGUUGGGGAGCCAAGUUUACCCUCCAGCAAAAUCCGUACCAAAGAAGCAGCACCUACUGUGGCACCAUCUGGGCUCAGCGGAGGCGGAGGGGCUCCCAAUGAGCUGAUCAUCAACUGGACGCCAACACUGCGGGACUAUCAGAACGGAGAUGGCUUCGGCUACGUCUUGUCGUUUCGCAAGAAAGGCACCCAGGGCUGGCUGACAGCAAGGGUGCCGCACGCAGAGUCGCUGCACUACGUCUACCGCAACGAGAGCAUCGGUCCCUACACCCCCUUCGAAGUGAAGAUCAAAGCGUACAACAGGAAAGGAGAGGGACCGGAGAGCCUCACUGCCAUCGUGUACUCUGCAGAAGAAGAACCGAAAGUGGCUCCUUUCAGAGUUAUGGCCAAGGCUGUUCUGUCCUCAGAAAUGGAUGUGUCCUGGGAGCCUGUUGAGCAGGGAGACAUGACUGGAGUGCUCUUGGGCUACGAGAUCCGGUACUGGAAGGAUGGUGAUAAAGAGGAGGCAGCUGACAGAGUGAGAACAGCGGGGCUGGUCACGUCGGCUCAUGUAACAGGCCUAAACCCCAACACGAAAUACCACGUAUCAGUCAGAGCUUACAACCGGGCUGGAACCGGCCCCCCCAGUCCUUCUACCAAUGUCACAACAACAAAGCCACCACCAAAGAGGCCACCUGGCAACAUCUCCUGGACUUUUUCUGGGUCUACAGUCAGCAUCAAGUGGGACCCAGUGGUGGCAAAGGCAGAUGAGUCUGCAGUUACAGGGUACAAGAUGCUUUACAGGCAGGAUUCCCACUCUGCGCCCACACUAUACCUGGCCAGCAAGAGCCGGAUCGACAUCCCUGUCCCUGAAGACUUCACUCACGCCUUUGUACAGAUCAGGGUUACGGGCCCUGGGGGAGACGGAAUCCCAGCAGAAGUUCACAUCCUCCGAAAUAGUGGAACAAGUAUGAUGGUGGAAGACUCUGUGAUGAGGCCAGUGCCACACGCUGUCAUUAUUACAACUAACUCUCUAGUCAUGGUGGCCCUGAUCAGCUACCUGGAGCUCUGACGAUGGCCAGCGCAGCAGAGGACUCCCAGACAUGCUUCCUCCCGAGCCAGCGGGGAACUACUAAUACUUGGCUGCUGCAACUUCAAGUUUGUACCACAGCAGCGUUACAGAAAAAGGAUUUGACAACAUUGUUUUAAGAGAGGAAGAAACAGCUUUUUUUGUUUGUUUUGGAAGAAUAUAAGCUUUCAUACAAGACAUGGGUCUUUAACCGAUUAGAAAUUUUUUAAGAAACAAGUAAAAUGAAGAAGAAUUCUCCGUGAAUUCUGACAGCCAACUGCCCCACACACUGUAUCCAGUAGGUUUUCUGCCUUAUGAAGCCAUGUACUAAAAUAAUGAGACUGCUAAACUUGACUUUUUUUAAAAAAAAAAAAAAAUGUACAGUGAAUUUUGGGCGGGGGGCGGUAAGGGGAGGACGAGGACUGAGGAUUUCAGUGAGCAGCAUGUUCCAUACCAAUCCCCGUCAUAGCCAUCUCUAACAAAUUACGAGACAGGAAUUUUUUUUCCCCUCCAUAAUAUGAGCCAAAUUCUGCAGCAACCAGGCCAAGGGGAGAGAGCCACAAGAGAGCUUGAUCUCUGCCCCAUCCUGAAGAUGGGUGAACACAGAGUAUAGAUUGUGAAAAGCUUUUUUAAGACACUGGUGUUAACUUGCAACCCCAGCCUAUUGUUUGUAUCACCUGUUAUGCUGUGAGGUGCAACGUUCAAUGUUAACCAUAUCCCACAUGCUUUUUGGGGUGUUUUUGUUAUACUGUUUGCUUCUUUCCUUUUUGUUUGGGGAGGAGAAGGGGUAAGCGAAAAGGAGUUACUUUUCCAGCAUCCACUAAUUCGGAGAGGCAGUUCUGCCUAAUCAUGGAGAUGCCAACACAUCCAACUUCAAUAGAGAGAGGGUCUUAAAGGAGGAAGUAAAAGGAAUAUUACCUAACAUAGCGAAGACCUGGAGACUCAAGGAAGCCAUCACUGGGGCAAUAGGAAAAUCUGGACUCAGUCAGAUUCACCACCCUACACAAACGGUUCCAUCCAGCCAAAAUACCAGUCUCAACCUGGGACUGCGAGACUGAGAUCCAGCCAGUAAGUCAGUCUGGUUUUCAGGUCCAAGGGUCACACAGCUAAUGCGAAUGGGAGGGCUGCUACCCCAAAGAAGUACAGGGAUGUUGAGCUGCACCAUUAAGUAAAAUGGUUGGGAACAGGUGUUGCGUGUUAAAAUCUCCCUGUAAAGCAACUGACCAAAGUUAACGAGAAGCUGAUUUACAUUGCUUGCCGGUUAGAUCCCAAGCGUGCUUUUAGGGACCUUUACCUGCCUGUACCUUCCUCCUUCCCAGCGGACAAUACUGCCGGCCUGAGCAAGCUCAGUUCCAGAAUUACCUGACAAGGGCUACGCUCGCAGGACCGCACAAUGGUGAGGCACUGACGUGCAGUUUCUACGCUAGAUGCCAAUUCCUUGCCCUUGCUAAUCAUUUUAAAACUACCGUGCCCUAGGCCUUAGUGAGCAUUUGAGAGAUUACAUGCAUAAAUCCCUGGGAUCCCGGAGUUAUGCCUAUUGUAUAUACCCAUAAUGUCCCAUCACAUUUUUUUAUAGCAUCUGGUAAAAAGUCUGGUAGCAUCCAGCUACCCUGGAAGCAAGAAGGUAAAUUCACCAGCAGGUUCACACCGUGCGAUGCAAACGGCAAGGCUCCGGGCUGAGGAAGGAGGGCUCCUACGUGUUUAGCAAACAAGAGAAAUGUUUUAAGAAACAGGCAAAGAAAAAUAAACUUAAUGAAAGAGUCUAAACAUUUAGAGCACAGCUGCAGCAAAAGGAAAGGGUACCUCACUGGUUCCAUUAGAAAUAACACCUAGGAUAAAGUGGAAAAGGGAAGACGACAGCUCCCACUAGUACAUGGGAGGCUGAGGCAGGCAGGUGAGGGAGCCAUCACCCUUGGAGCCUGGCCUCAGCUUCCUCCGUGUCCCUCUGCAGCUCUCCAUGAAUUACCCCUCGGUCCCUGUAGCAGGUUGAAACACUUCUUUCAGAAGGACAACACCUGAAUAUAAAUUCUAUUUUUGUAUGAUUUAUGUUCGUGAAGAUUUUUAAAUAUUUUUAUUGACAUUUGGAAGCUUUGUUUGGUGAAAUAUGUUAUGUUGUUAAUUCAGCGUUUUUGUUAUCACCUCCAUCUUGCUGGGCCUUCAGCCCUUCUCCCACAAAAAAUGGGACGAAAGGAAAAUUAGGAAUUCAGUGUUAGCUCAAAAGCAAAGCAAAUUAGGGCUUGGGCAACAGUUACCUGAUCAACAUGCAGAACUAGCAGUAACCAUAAUGACAAUAUUUAGGAGGCAUAAACUAAGUGGACAUAUGGAGCUUCAGAGCACUGCUGGGUGAAGCCCGCAGCAGCCCUGCAGAAUCACGUGCCCGAUUCAGGAGAGGACCAAACAAAGCAGCGAGGUUAAAUGACGCACCCAGAGCCUUCACUGAACAGAGACGCAGAUGCUGGAGGCUCCCCAGGUCCAAGCCUGUGGGGUAGCCAGCACUCUGCUGGGGGGACCUGAAUAGAAAUCCCUUGUACCGAAGAAGCCUGCUGCGCUCCUCAGGAGGGACCACUGAGCAGGAGAGAGCUGCUUCGGAGCACAGCCCAGCUGCAGUCAUGGGGUUCAUACCGGUUUCGGGCACAGACUCUACACAAAGCCAGCUGUGUUCGCCCCAUUGUGCACCACCAGUCCCAUUCAGAGAAGCCAAGACACCGGCUCUCCCCCAGGGCUGCUAUGCCUGCAUGCCCACGGACACAGUUAAUUCCCUUCAAGAGGUGCACAGGAGACACCUCCGGGGCUGAAGAACACGCUUUGAUGGCCCACGUGUUGGACGAGCUCUCACAAGCAAAGCAAAGCAAGGUACCCCUGCGAAACUCAAGGGCUGAGGCUCAGCAUCAGUCUAGGUCUGACCACAGGCUGCGCAUGUCUCUUGCAGAAACUUGGUCUCAACAGAUGCUUCCAAAUGUGUCUGGCAUCGCUAGUGGCGCUUUCUGUUUUAUUGAACUUCACAGUGUUGGAAAGCAAGAAGCUUUACUGUACAGUUAAAACAGUAUGUAAGUGCCGCAGUGACACUGGGUUUUAAAUAGCAGCCGCCUGCAACAUUUCCCUGGGAAGGUUAAUAUAUUUCCAUACAUUUCUUUGUUAAACUAGAUCACAGGCACAUUUUUUAUAAGAUAUGAAAACUACAGGAGGUGGAUUUCAAAUGUUCCGGUUAGUGCUGCUCUACGUUGCAAACGGGCUGAAUAUAUUCUAAUUUGUAAAACUGAUGGGACAGUAUUUUCUAAAGCCUUCAAGUGACAAGUAGAUCCCCAUGAAAGUUAAAUGCCUUCAACGUGAAUUCAGGAUGCACCUCGUUUUUGAAAAGGUAAAUCAUCGCUACAUAUGGUUUCAUCAGUGUCCAUUUUAAAUUAAAAUGCUCCUGAGCUUUUGCAACGUUUUAAGGAUUAAACAUAGAAGCAAAGAGGUAUGACCUAGCGAUAACCACAAUGGCCUUACAACCACUUGCUCUAAUCCCAGCUUUGCCACUGACUCCACCUACAGCUCCAAGCACUUAUUUCACCACUCACUGCCUCAGUUUCCCUUCCUGAAAAGCGAGGCACACGCAGGUCAUGGCUAUCUGCAAGUUCUUUGCAGUCUGAAAGUCUCUGUGUACUCACACUGCUGUCAAAGGCGCGACUGCAGCUCACACAGGGUAUCAGAGCUUCAGCAAGGCUGACCGGUCACUGCCUGAGUCCACAGUGGCAACCUGUCCUUGUCCCUGCGCUGUCUCCGCUACCCAGUCCUUACCUAACUCGGCCAGCCACAGCUCAGCUGACUUCAAUGUUUCCUGAGCAUUAGUACAAAGAAACUCUGAAAAGUGCACAUGGUAAACAGGCAGUCUCUCCCCCACAGAGUUUUUUUUUUUAAAUUUUGGAGGAAUUUGUUGAUACUCCAAAGCCGCAGAGCAGACAAGAUAGUGGCACGUUCCGGAACACUACAGGUACGCAUGGGGAAACACCCCAGGUGAAGGACAGGGCUUGCUGGGGAAGGAGAGGGAUGGAAAAGAUUUUCCACUUGCAACGCUGGUAGAUGAGAAAGGCCAAGUUCAGGCCCAGACGGUUACAGGCUAAACCCCGCUCCAGACAAGACAGCUCAGGUUUUGUACAUAGGCACGAGCCACAUUAAGACAAAGACUUUCUUCUCUAAGGCAGUCCUUUCUGCCAUUUUAUUUAGCAGGGGGUUAGGUGACCCACAGGAAAGGAUUUGCACGUGCAAAUGCAGCAUUUGUACUUAGUUAAACUUUAUCCGGGCUAUAAAAAAAACCCUACAUAUAAAGCCUAGCCAGAGCCCCGAACAGGAGAAAGAGAUGUGGAAGAAGUCUAUUGGAAACCCAGUUAGAGCUUCCUAAAACCAAGCAGAGGGGUUAAAAGGAAAGGUGUUCAGAUCUGGGGGAGAAAACUUAGGUUUCAACAUCUUAACAGAGUUUACUGGCUUUACACUGUUGCAUUAAGUUGCAAAUCAAUUUCCUGUCUCAUUAAGAACCCCCUACGUUUAAUUGCCCUGAGCACUUGCUUUAGAGAUUAACUUACAGGGAUGAGUGAAGGGCCGUGGGCUUUGUUCUCACCACUGUAAUGGCUCGCUAAGGAAAGUCAUCUGAUUUCACAGGGUCCAUCUUACUUGUCAGUAGUAAAAACCAAGCUGAUAAGGGUGCUGUAAGGAGUAUGCAACAAGGGUGAAAUGUUUGGAGACUCCCAAACGAGAGGAGCUUUACAGUUCUGAUUUAUUCAUAUUUAACAUAAAAUAAUUUCUACUUGAUACUAUUGAACUCGCAGACCGAAGAUUGCACUCCUGGUUUUAGGUUGUCUGGGCUAAAUUCGGCACUCAGCUAUAUCAGUUUGAAUUGGGAACAGCUCACAUUUGCAGCAGGACAGAUUAAACAUGCCCUGAAUGGGAGACACUCGUAUCUUUGCCCAAGGAAUCAGCUGGAUAACACAGGCAUCACAUUCAGCUAAUGCCUGGGGGGUCUAAAUCCCAUCUGCUCUAAACCUGCAAAGCUAUCCCCCAUCCACAGAAACCCUCUGCUGUGAAUAUUUUAAUCCAGCUUCACCACAUCCAAACAGGGCAGUUUUCUUCUCAGUAACUUUGUUGUACGCUAUUUUUUU